AUUAUCUUCUCUUUGUGAUGGCCCAGAAAUCAUAGCUAUGCCUCAAUCUCAGGGUUCUGUGUGCCUUGAGGAGGUGUCCAUAUAUUUCACAAAAGAGGAGUGGGCGUUGCUGGAUUGUGGCCAAAGAGCCUUGUAUAGGGAAGUUAUGCUGGAGAAUUCUUGGAAUGCAGCCACCCUGGAGAAACCAUAUAAAUGCAUGGAAUGUGGCAAGAGCUUUAGUGUGAACAGUCACCUAAUUUCCCAUCAGAGGAUCCACACAGGAGAGAAACCUUAUAAAUGUAAGGAAUGUGGAAAGAGCUUUAGUGUGAACAGUAGCCUGACUUAUCAUAAAAGGACCCACACAGGGGAGAGACCAUAUAGAUGCAUGGAAUGUGGAAGGAGUUUUAGUGUGAAUAGUAGCCUUAUUUCCCAUCAAAGAAUCCAUACAGGAGAGAAACCAUAUAAAUGCAUGGUAUGUGGAAAGAGCUUCAGAAGAACUGCUAAUCUUAUUUGCCAUCAAAGGAUCCACACAGGAGAAAAACCGUAUAAAUGUGUGGAAUGUGGAAAGAGUUUCAAUGAAAACAGAGAGCUUACUUCCCAUCAAAGGAUCCACACAGGAGAAAAACCAUAUGCAUGUAUGGAGUGUGGAAAGCGAUUCCGUAAUAGCAGAAGCCUUAGUUCCCACCAAAGGAUCCAUACAGGGGAGAAACCUUUCCAAUGCUUGGAAUGUGGAAAGAGCUUUAGUAUCAACAGUAGCCUUACUUUCCAUCAAAGGACCCACACAGGAGAGAAACCUUAUAAAUGUUUGGUUUGUGGAAAGAGCUUUAGCAUGAACAGUCACCUUACUUCCCAUCAAAGGAUCCACACAGGGGAGAAACCUUAUAAAUGUAUGGAGUGUGAAAAGAGCUUUAGUCAGAACAGUAACCUUAUUUCCCAUCAAAGAAUCCACACAGGGGAGAAACCAUAUAAAUGUACAGAAUGUGGAAAGAGCUUUCGUGUGAACAGUAGCCUUAAUUCCCAUCAAAGGAUCCACACAGGGGAGAAACCAUAUAAAUGUGCAGAGUGUGGAAAGAACUUUCGUGUAAACAGUAGCCUUAAUUCCCAUCAAAAGACCCACACAAGACAAAAGCCUUUUAAGUGUAUUCAAUUCCAAGUUAUUACAACCACACCACAAAACCGGUUGUUGAACCUCCCGUCUAUAUGCUGACUCAUUUCCAUUUCGAAU